UUUACACAUUAAGUGUUUACAUUAAACCCUAGGUUAAAUUACAUUUAGUGUAGAUAAAUUUUCAGUAUAUUUAUUUUAAAGGGAAAUUUUUCGUUACUGUCAUAAUCAAAGUUUUUCUUCAACUCUCAACGUACAGCAGGAAGAAACAGUGACAUCACUAUCUUCUGUCAAGAACAAUUUGGAGGGAUUAUUGUCAGAUCUAGACCAGCCAACAGACUGCUGCAGCCUUGCUCCUGAUGUCUCAAAGUUAGAACAAGGCUUGAAGACAUUAAAGUCAAAUAUUGAAUAUUUAACUGGGCCCUACAUUCAAUCUGGAAAGAAAGAGAUGGUUUCCACUUUGGAAGAACUUGAAGCAAUCAGAACCAAGUAUAAGAACUUGCAGCGAGAAUGGGACAACCAGCAGGAACAUCUGGGUCGUAUACAGGGGGAUGUGUUGAAGUUGAAGUCCCAACUCAAGAACCAGAGCUCCUUCUGUGCCAGCAUGGGUGCCAUCAUGGGCAGUCUUAUGUGGAAGACAUCUAGGCUACCUAACGUCAUCGAAGCACUACUCAGCACUAAUCGUGUGAGCGAAUUUUUGUGCAUUGUGAGUGGGUCGCUACAAUCAUUCCUGGACACGUAUAACACAAGCCUGCCAGAUGUUACAACCAAUGAGACCCAGUUCAUCCUAUCCCUGGUGGGCACUGUGGCUAACAUGGCUUCCACUUCUGAAGGACGACAGUUCCUCGUUACAGAUCCCAAUGGCAGAGAGCUCAUCAAUCUACUGCUUACCACUCUCCCUGAUGUUCCUGAGGGCACUGGAGACUGUCUCAAAAGAGUGAUACUGAUGAGUCUGUACAACCUGAGCAUCAAUCAGAUGGGCUUGCUAAUGAUAAUGGACAAGAAAGAAUUGCACAAUGAACUGACCAAGAACAUAGAGGACGACAUGAAUCCUGAGCUAAGGUUGCUGUCCCUUCGUCUGCUGUUAUCGCUUACCAUGCAGAUACCUUCUUGCCAGAUUUAUGACAACAUUAAUCGUUCGGUUCCAAAAAGCAAAAUAAAUGAGCUGACCAAUACAACAGAUGCAGACAUGCGACUAUUGGCGAAGGAUAUUAUCAGUAAUUUACAACAGGCAGCUAGCAAGUUCACAGACAAGCCAGAAAAUAGGCCCUUCUUAGAAUUUAACAAAUGCAAGAGAAAACCUGGUGAUGACAAAUCUUCUUGCUCACUUCUCAAACUAGCUUAGUUAUUCGUUCUUAGUUUUAUGUACUAAUAAUAAUUUAGUCUUUUUAGAACAACAUAAACUUGCCAGACUUGUUCAAUGUAUGGUAUGCAUUUUGAAUAAACUAUUAAUAAAAACUA